GGUGCCUCAAGGACAGUGCAUGUUAAUCUGAGGUAUCUAAUACACGCCGCUUCUAAAACGAGAGCCGACACCGUUCAGAAAGCAAUCGCCGAGAGACUGUUACUGACAAUAACUGAUUUAGUGAUUCUGUCACCAGUUCGGUUCGCAGGCCUUCCGAGGCUCAAAGAAGAUGUCUAGCUCGGAAGGUUUUGCAGCUGUAUUUUACAGUGAGCCAGGAGUCCUGGGGCUUCUGGCCAAUGUGAUCAGUGCCUUCCUUGUAGCUCUUCAAAAUUUUGCUCAAGUCAAUACAAACAUUUUGGCCAGUGGAACUGAAAACAUCUUGGCAGGUGUUCACCUUGUUUUGAUUGGUGGUGUGACACAACUUGUUGCUGGACUGAUGUCCUUCAGAAAGUAUGAUCAUCUGGGAGGCACAGCCUUUAUAGCAUUUUCAGCUUUGUGGAGCAGCUUUGGGGCAACUCGGAUCAUUUUGGGAGCAAACUCUCCUCUUAAUGUCACCUCAAAUGCAGUGGAUUUACAAAACACCAGUGUUGCAAUUGAUAGUUCAGAUGUGCCUUUGCCUCCGAUUAGUGAAUCAGCUGUUGCAGGGCUGGUAGCCUACAUCAGUGUUGCAUUUACUCUGUCAUUCUGUUCAGCUACAGCAAAUUACAUCAUGCCUUUUGUCUUUGGGGCCAUAACACUUACUCUCAUUUUUGAAGCUGUGGGUCUCUUUAGCCAAUGGGCUUUAAUAUUAUCAGGAAUAUUUGAACUAGUGAUUACAGUCUUUGGGCUUUAUGGAGCCAUUGCUCUGCUUUUAAAGGGAGUUACCCAGAGGUACAUCCUUCCAGGGUUUGGCAAUUCAUUAUUCAAUGUGCUGCUUCUAGGGACAGCUAAUAAAUCAUCUGCUAAGGCUAGUGGUGAAGAGAAAAAGAAGAACACUAAAUAUGCAGAGCCAAUGGCACUUGGUAAUUUGUGUAGUGUGAUUUCUCCCUUUAUCUUUGCUUUUUACUGCUUCGGGUACAUCCAAUCAUUUUAUGUAGGAGCUGUGUGGGUCAGCAUCAAUUCUAUUGCGCAGCUUUAUGCAAGCUACUAUGGUUAUUUACGCAACGAUGUCUACUUUGCGACUAAAUACUGUGUCCAUAGUAUGUAUUGGCUUGUGAAGUCCUGGGAGGAGUUUAUUUUAUCCGUCCUCAUCAAUGUUAAUAAUUUAGAUAGCAGCAGAGCCAGGAUGACAGGAGAUUGGUUUUUCGUGGUCACAUCGUUGAUUAUAUUGCUACUAUCUCUAAACAGAAACAAACUUGAAAUAAUCCAUAAUGGUUUUUUUGUUCUUCUGACGAUCUCCACUAUUCCUCAGAUUAACACUGUAUCAUAUUACAGAUUUUUUGGGGCAGUUUGCUCAAUGUAUACAGUCCUCUCCCUUUAUGCAACAUUUUCCAGCCUGAUCAACUCCAUAGCGGAAAAGGCAUUGAUUCCUAUUGGAACUGAAAUGCUGUCUUCAAAAUCAUUCCAGAAUGUUCUGUUUGCCCUAAAACAGCGGUUCAGCAAAGCUGAUGAGCUCCCAGUUUUUACUAGUGUGCAGCUGCCAGAUGCCCUUUUCUACAUUUGCAAUGGGCUUGCAGCCCUGUCUGCCAUUCAGAGUGCAAACAUGGACAAGGCCCAAGCUCAUCUUACUAUUCCUUGGGUUCUGAUCCCUGGGACUCUGAUCCAGCUCUAUGUGUCGAGGAUUCAAGUUCGUGGAGGAAGGCGCUUUGGCUCGGUGUUACCCUUCUGUUAUGCAGCUAUCUGGGCAACGUGGACCUGGCUUCGAUUUGCAGGUCAUUUGUUAAACAUUGAUCCCAAUUCUGAUGGUGGAUUCACUGCAGGAGCCAUAGCUUUCCUUAUUGUCAACAUGUUUCUGGUUAUCUUGGCUAUUCAUGUAGAUGUGGUGCUUCUCCUAGUCACAGUCAUUAUGGAAGUGAUAAUCAUUUGCUUUCUACUAUUCACCCUGGAGCAACUGCCUCUUCCUUUGGAAGGUGUAAUGCUGGCGUUGAUCAGUCUUGUCUGCGUUUAUGGAACAACAGCUUCUUUUGCCAACCAUAUGUUUGGGAAGCAACUAAUUCCUCUGGGUGACCCCCUCUUCAGGGCAGGAACAAACAAAAAGAAAGAUCAAGACCCUUUGCCUUGUUCCAUUGCUUCUUCACGGAAAACCAGUGGUCUACAGACUAUUGCAAAAAUCCUAGAUUCUGGCCGUGUGUGUGGCAUCCCAACGGAUACUGUGUAUGCUUUGGCAGCUUCCUGUAAACACCCAGAGGCUAUUAAAGGUAUCUACAACAUAAAGGAGCGUCCUUCUGAGAAGCCUAUUUGUAUCUGUAUCUCCAGCCUUGAUCAGCUUUCUGCAGUGCAUCCUCCAUUCAGCCCCUUGCUCUGGGAAUUUAUGAACCAUGUCUACCCUGGAGGGAUGAGUUGCAUUGUGAAGAAAGGAGAAUGGCUGAAGAAACUAGGUAUUGGUGCUGCAUAUGACCAUGUUGGUACCAAGGAGAGCAUCAUGAUUCGUGUUCCUGACCACACUGUGACAGCUCAUCUCGUGAACAUGACUGGACCAUUAGCCAUUACAUCAGCCAAUCCGAGUGGGGAGCCUGAUAGCAUUCACCAUGACAUGGUUAUCUCACGCCUGGGGCACAAAAUUGAUGCUGUUUUAUGUGACGGAAACUCUAAUGAAUUGGUUGCUUCCACUGUCAUCAACUGUACUAAGAUUGAUGAAGAAGGAAUCACAAUCCUAAGAGAAGGAUGUGUUCCAGCAGUAAGAGUGAUGCAGAUUUUUGAACAAGUGAAGAACAAGCUUGACUAAUGGCAAACUCCCACUGACAGAAUGUUUUCGAACCAGCAUACAACAAAGAUAUGUGCAGCACCAGCAUAAAGUCAUAGAAUACAAGCAAUAAUAUUCACAAUGUGUUACAUGUGGAUAAUUUCCCAUUAUGUUUGAUAUAUGUAGCAGUGGGUCUAAUGCAAUAAUAACUAGAAUUUUCCUUUCAUUAAAAGGAAUAUGGGAGAUUGGAAAUUUUUGUACUUUUAUAGUUAUUAGUUCUGCUUAUCCAAGUAACAUUUUACAUUGUUGUUUUAAAAAGACCUGAUAUGAAGCUGGUUGGCGGGUGACAAUCCUACAAACAGUGAAUAGUAAUAAUUCACUAAUUCUGCCAUGUUUGAUAAUAUAAAGUAAAAGUCAUAAAAAUAUAUUUAUACAAAUAAGUGUUAUCAUCAAGAUAUGCAUCUUCACUUAGAAAUAGAUCUUAGUAACUGUUAGUAUCAUGCCUGUAUAGCUCACAUGCGUGAUCAUGUUUCAUUCCGAUGUGGGGAAAUGAAGUAAAGCACCACAUUAUUUAUGGUGACAUACAUGUUGAAACAAUAGUUUGUAUAUCUCAGUAAGCCUCAAUCUACCUCCAUGACAUUAGUCUUCCAGUCAUAAUGAUGGUGGCAGUUGAACAUUUUCAAUUAAUUAUGGUCUAAUUGUGGUCUGUCCUUUCCAUUAUCGCAACACACAAUUAUAUUUUUGGCAAAACUGGUUUUAAUAAAAAGAUAUAUAAAUAGUAGAACAUAAAAGGAAACCUGCCUAUUCUGUGAAUUUGGUGUAAAAACAGAACACAGUGAUACGUGAAAUUAAAAAGAAGGCCAACAUUUCAGGGAUGAUCCUUGCUCAUAAAUGCUAGUUGCUUUCAUCACUUCAAUAGAUGUAAAUUAGGAUACAGUUGCAAUGUGUUCAACAAAUCUUUUAUCUGUUA